AGACCACUUGGUGGCGGUAAUGUACCAUAAUACUUCAACGAAGAAGAAUAAUCCGCGCAUGCGCCCUGUGAUCCGUCCCUCCUCCGGCUUGCCGUAGUAAAGCGAAGUUGUCCUGACUGACUGAUGAUGUCACAUUAUGUGAAACUGGUGUCGCUGUGUGUUGCAGCUCCGGGUCUGACGGGCCUGCUGAGCGGCUCGGUGCUGGCUGCCAGUGAGGGGAAGAAGAAGAGCCUACAGCCUGCUCUGAGCAUCGAUGAGCUGCCGUCGUUGUACUCCAGCCCUGAAGCAGAGCCUCGGUAUGUGGAGCCAGAGGCCGGGCCGCUGGAGCAGAGCGUCGCAUCGCUGAGGAAACUGGCAGAACCGUACACGAACCAGUGUCAGCAAACGGGCCAAGCUGCAAAGGAGAAGGUCGAGCACAUAUACAAGACUGUGGAGCCCACGAUCAACACCUCCAUAACAACAGUCACAGAUGCGUACCAGUUCCUCAGUGACCCCCCUCCCGACCUCUACCCCAGUGUGGCGGCGGUGGGCUUCUCUGGCUUCCUGGGACUUUAUUUGGCCAAAGGCUCCCGGGUGAAGCAGCUGGUAUUUCCAGUCGGGCUCAUGGCUCUGAGUGCCUCCAUGUUUUACCCUCAGCAGGCUGCGUCUUUACUGAAGGGGAGUCGGGACUCGGCGUACGCCUGGGCUCAGCAGGGCCGCGCCACCGUAACCAAUCUUUGGAAAGAGCCUCCGUUUGGCAAAAAGAAGGAGAAGAAAGAGCGAACAGAGAGCAACGACACGACCAGCUGAGACGACAGACAAGAAGACGCACACCUGUCCAUCCUGAGAGACGUUCACCUUCCAGUAACACACACCUGUAGAUUAACUCUUAUUGUUCACACACGACCACAAGUCAGGACUUCAUUAUUUAAGUUCUAUAUCGUCAGGAACUUGGCAGUGACGUGUGUCUCUGCCUCCUCUUGAGUCAUUUGUGAACACUGCCACCUCUUCUAACAAGCAGGUCUUUUCACAUCCCAUUAUUAUUCUGGUUAUCCAGAUUAGUCAUCGUCGUCCUCUUCCUCUUCCUCUUCCUCUCUAAUCAUUCCUAGUUUCUCCCUCUGUGACUUCAGCUUGUCCAGUUGAUGACAUAUUUAUUCCCCCCAGAUGUAUUCACGUUGCAGUUUGAUGCUGAUAAAACUGAAAUGCCAGAAGUAAAGAGCCAAAUGAUAUGUGUGUAUUAAUUAAUGAUCUGAAUGUGUUUGUCCAUGUCUAAUAAUGCACUGUAUAUACUGUAUGAGCUUUUAACUUAAUGCGAUGUAAUUAAAUCUGGCAUCUGACUGAG